AUGUCAAGCGACUACAGGUACCCCCCAAGCAUCACAAAUACCUCUCAACACCAUCUUUUUCAGUCUGCCAUCCUCGAACUGCGGGCCCACAACCAACGGGCUCGACGAGCACAAGCCCGCAAGAAACGGCGAGUCGCGAAGGAUUACAAACCGCGGACAAGCGGAAGGAGUCGAGUGCGGAACGGUAUCCGGACGGGCAGCCGUCGACUUCCUCUUCCGCGUCGGCGCCGUCCGGAAAGAGCGGAACGACGCGGCGAAUCCCUCCAAAGGACGGAGAAUCGGCGCCGGCGGUGAUGCAGAAGGAUCCGUCGAGCAGCUGACACUUUUUUAUAUUUAA